AUGGCAGGAGUGGUAGCCAAGCGUGAGGGGCCACAGUUCAUCAGUGAAGUCUCAGUGAGGGGCAACGCUGCUGUUCUGGACUACUGCCGCACUUCUGUGUCUGCCCUCUCUGGAGCCACAGCAGGCAUCCUGGGCCUGACGGGACUCUAUGGCUUCAUCUUCUAUUUCCUGGCAUCAUUUCUCCUCUCUCUGCUGCUCAUUCUCAAGGCUGGACGAAGAUGGAACAAAUGCUUCAAGUCACGGAGGUUGCUCUUCACUGGGGGCCUUGUUGGAGGGCUCUUUACCUACAUCUUGUUUUGGACUUUCCUUUAUGGAAUGGUGCAUGUAUAUUAG